UUUAUCAUAAACGGUGCGUUUUAAGAAUAGUAUAUAAAUUCCCGCUUCCCUAAAUUCCCUCCUCAGCGAAGAACGCACAGAGAAGUCUCAAUCGCCGAUAAAUAUGGAGAGUAAAUCCUCCGGUUCGCCGGCGAGCUUUAUUGAUAACUUAGUGGUACCAGGAGAUGUGGUUGUUGAUCUUUCUAGCAUGACUAACCAGACAAUUAAGCUUGGUGGUGGGCUCCGUCAGGACUCUGAUGCUAUAUCUGUAAUGAAAGCAGGGAAAUUGAGGUUCUCAAAGCCAAAUAAAUAUUGGGUUGAAACCUCCCAAAAGAGGUAUGUGCCGUGUGCGGAGGACAGUGUUCUUGGAAUUGUUGUAGACUCUAAAUCAGAUAACUUUCUUAUCGACAUAAAAGGACCUGCCUUGGCUUUUUUGCCUGUGCUUGCAUUUGAAGGAGGGACCAGGAGAAACAUACCCAAAUUUGAGGCAGGUACCCUGCUCUAUGUUCGAGUUGUGAAGGCAAAUCCUGGAAUGAAUCCUGAGUUGUCAUGCACUGAUGCCAGUGGGAAGGCAGCAGAAUUUGGUGCCCUCAAAGAUGGCUACAUGUUUGAAUGUUCAACUGGUCUAUCAAGAAUGCUGUUGAGCUCACCAACAUGUCCGGUUCUUGAGGCUCUUGGCAAGAAGCUCUCCUUUGAGAUAGCAGUCGGCUUAAAUGGCCGUGUUUGGGUGAAUGCUAAUUCUCCAUCAAUAGUUAUUAUUGUUGCCAAUGCAAUCAUGAAUUCGGAGACUUUAAGUGGAGUGCAGCAGAAAAUUAUGGCAGAGAAAUUGCUGCAUAAAAUUCAGAAUGAUUGAAGAACUGCAAACAUUGUCUCUUGGAUCCACCAUAUUAAUUAAUUGGAAGGGACAGGUUCAUGUACGUAGAAGUUUGAAGACCAAAAUAUACGUCACCAGCUCAUGGUUUCGGAGGCUUAUAAUGGCAAGUACUUCCUGAAUGUACACGGGCUGUUGGAAGGAAAGUGUCACUUUUGAGAUAUUUGCCUAUUCACUUCCGCUUUAAAAGAUGCAAAAUAUUUUAAGCUGAGGAUUCGGAUUGAUUCUCUCCAAGUGCUUAUAUAAGUCAACAUUUUUGUAACUGUGGAUAUGUCGAGGCACUGAACUUCAAUCAAAUUUCGUUAAUUGUUUGUGCUGGUAA